AUGUCCAAGUCAGCAAAGCGCUGCAGCAGUGAUACGUGGUUGGAGACGUCAGCUUGCGUACUUGCAGAGCUGCCGAUGUGGCUUGGGUUGGGAAGUUGUGACAUUGAGCUGAAGCGCGCUGCCUCGGCUGCUGAUGCUGAUACUGUUGCUGCCGAUGCUGCUGAUGCUGGGUCCUAUGAGAUGGAGUCUGCUGACGCUGGGUGUGUUGUGCUGGACAUUGCUGACGUUGAUGCUGUUGCUGCCUCUGCUGCUGACGCUCGUCGCAUUGUGGUGGACACUGAUGAUGCGUUGAGUGUUGCACUUCUCUAUGUGUGGCGGUGA